AUGAUUGAUUACGGAACUGUUCCUCUUGGCGGGAAGGUGGAGUAUAAGAGAGGAAAGAGUAAAAGAAUGCUAAUCAAAGGGAAGAUCACGAUGGAUGGAAUCUGUUGUGAUUGCUGUAAUAUAACUCAUACAAUACGGGGCUUUGAGUCUCAUGCUGAAAAGACACCUGGAGAAUCAUUUCGGAAUGUAUAUUUGGAUUCAGAGAACUCUCUUCUUCAAUGCUUACUAGAUUCAUGGGGAAAACAUGUGGAAACUGAUAAGAUUGGAUUUGUUUGUGUGGAUAUGGAAGGGGAUGAUCCAAAUGAUGACAGUCACAGAUGUAAUGUGUGUGGCGAUGGUGGUGACUUGAUCUGCUGCGAUAGUUGUCCAUCGACUUUCCAUAACAGCUGUCUGCAUAUUGAAAUUCCUUCUGGAGAUUGGUACUGUGUUUACUGUUCAUGCAAGUUUUGUGGAACUGCGUGUGUAAGUACCGCAACCAGUGAUGAUGAACAGAAUUUAUCUUCUGAAUUGUUGGCAUGCCGUUUAUGCGAGGAAAAAUUUCACUUGCAUUGCACCAACGAGACAAUUGCUGAAGAUUUUAAUGAUGCAAGUAAUUCCUUUUGUGGGAAACAAUGCUUAAUGAUUGCUGCUUCUCAGGGUACAUCUGGGAAUGCUGACAUUCCUUUACGUAGUGCAUGUGUCUCACUGAUCUUGGAUCGGUUACAGGAUUUUCUUGGUGUUACACAUGAAAUGGGAGACGAAUUUUCCUAUACUAUUCUUCAGCAUCGUGUUAUUAAUGAUGAUGCAUCACUUUUUGGUAAUUCCUUGAAGAUAGAAAGCAAUUCCAAGUUAGCUAUUGCUUUCUUUGUUAUGGACGAAUGUUUUGAACCUAUCAUAGAUGAGCGAAGUGGAACCAAUAUGGUUCAUAGCGUUGUCUACAGCUGCGGGUCCAAUAUUAGGCGGUUGAAUUAUGAUGGAUUUUAUACCUUCGUCCUAGAGAAGGGUGGUGAACUGGUCGCGGCAGCAUCAAUAAGAAUCCAUGGGAAACAAUUAGCAGAGAUGCCUUUUAUUGGAACUCGAUUCAUGUACCGGCGUCAAGGAAUGUGCAGCCGGCUCUUAUGUGCAGUUGAAAAGAUUCUGUCCACUCUUGGUGUUGAGAAACUGGUAAUACCCGCUAUAUCUGAACUUAACGAGACAUGGACAAAAGUAUUUGGCUUUCUUCCCCUUGAAGAAUCAAUGAGGCAAGAAAUGAAUUAUAUGAGCAUGAUCGCGUUCCCUGGGGUGGACAUGUUGCAGAAACCUGUAUCAGGCCAACAGUCCGUUAGAGCAGAAAAUGACUCUGCAGCCAUUGGAUGCGUUGAAAUCAAACCCCCUGAGCAUGAUGAUGGCGUCAAAGAAAACACUGCAUCUGAUUCAAACAACCAUGCUGAAGCUGCUGCUCGAGAGAAGCAAGGAGAUGACACUGGAGGUGAAGCUGCUGCAUCAAACGAAGAUGCAUCUCAGGAUGCUAAAAUCGAUGAGAGUGACAAAGAUGCUAUCAUGGAAUCAGCAGCUAUGGAGUCCACUGCUGCUCAAGAGAAGCAAGGUGAUGACACCGGAGGUGAAGCUGCUGCAUCAAACGAAGAUGCAUCGCACGCUGCUGAAAUCCAUGAUAGCGACAAAAAUGCUAUCAUGGAAUAUGCAGCUAUGGAGUCCAUUGCGCUCGAGAGAAGCAAGGUGAUGACACCGGAGGGGAAGCGUCUGCAUCAAACGAAGAUGCAUCUCAGGAUGCAGAAAUCCAUGAUAGUGGCAAAAAUGUUAUUGUGGAAUCAGGUGCUACCUUGCCCGGUCCCCUGUUGAGCAAGGAAGACAUCAAUGUUGAGGCUGUUGAUGGCGAACCUUCUCAAAUUGGGGUUUGUCUCGACAACACUGAUGUGCCUGAAGAGGAGAGAGCCUUCCUUCAUAGCCACAACACAGGUAUUGACUGCAACAUUGAAGCACCGGAAUUAGCUGAGGAAUGAAUGCCUGUGGUGCUGAGGGGAAGUUUGUCAAAUGGGAAUGAAUAUGAGGCUGUGGAAAGCGAAGCUGGAACUUACUAAUGAUAUUUCCUUUGAUUAAUAUAACCCUGAGUAAAUAGGGGUUAAUUUUUCUCUACAUUUUGGAUGAGAUGUCGAGUUUUAACUUGUAUAGAAUAUUAAUCACCUCCCUUUAUGAAUGUACAUCUUUUUGAGUAA